AUGAGGAUAUCCAUAUUGUUCUUCAUCAUUUACGGGACUUUUGCCUUGAAAGGAGUUAAUGGUAUGGAGACACAGCCUAGUGGCAUGGAGAUCCAGGCUCAUAACUCAGUCGAAAGGCCUUUAUCGACAGAAGAAUUGUCACGUACGCCUAAAUCACCAGAAGCAAUUUCUGAAGUGGACACGCGUCUUCCAACCUCCCUCAAACCACUCCGUUACCGGAUACGACUUCAGCCUUUCGUUAAUGGCAAUUUCAGCAUCUUCGGCUUCCUGGAGGUGGAAAUGGAGGUCCUGGAGACGACCUACAACAUCACACUCCAUAUGCUCGAUAUUAUCACGAAGAAUGACACAGUCAAGGUGUUGGGUUCGGGAGGCGUGGAACAGCGACAGGUUGGAAUUAAGAGUCAGCAUUAUGACCCUGUCCGUCAAUUCUAUGUCGCCCAAAUGGAGGAAGCGCUGAUGAAAGGAGAGAGGUACACUCUGCAGAUGGAGUUCCUUGGCUACCUCAACGACCAGCUUCGUGGCUUCUACCGGUCGACCUAUAAAGAUGUUGACGGGAAUAGCAAGUAUUUCGCUGUGACCCAGUUUCAAUCCACGCACGCCCGCCGCGCCUUCCCGUGCUUCGACGAGCCGGCCCUGAAGGCGACCUUCGAGGUCCACCUGGCGAGGGAGACCUGGAUGACGUCACUCUCCAACAUGCCCCUCGCCGCGACGCGACCUGCGAAAGGUCAGGAGGGCUGGGUGUGGGACCGAUUCGAGAGGAGCGUCCCCAUGUCAACCUACCUCGUCGCCUUCGUGGUGUCGGACUUUUCUUACAUCGCCUCCAGCAGUGGCGAGGGCAUUCUCUUUCGAGUGUGGGCGCAGCCGUCGGCCAUUCGACAAGCGGAAUAUAUCAGUCAACUCGGCUCAAAGAUUUUAGCAUUCUAUGAGGCAUACUUCAAUGUGUCUUACCCGCUCCCGAAAAUGGAUAUGGUAGCGGUGCCGGAAUUACAAGCGCAGGGCAUGGAAAAUUGGGGUCUAAUUACGCUCAGAGACAGGAUAGUGUUAUACGAUCCCGAUGUGAACUCCGUAAGGGCCAAGGAGAAGUUGGUCGAGGUCGUGACCCACGAGCUGGCGCACCAGUGGUUCGGCAACCUCGUCACGCCCUUCUGGUGGGACGACCUCUGGCUCAACGAGGGGUUCGCCACCUUCGUGUCUUUCGUCGGGAGUGCUCAUGCAGAGCCAUCAUGGAAGAAAAUGGAAAAAUUCACCACCGAGGUCCUGCAAAAAGUUUUUGAGACUGACGGCCUCGAGUCCUCCCACCAGAUCAGCCUCCCGGUUAACAAUGCCAGCGAGAUAUCGGAAAUUUUCGACGGAAUCGAGUACAACAAAGGGGCUUCUAUUAUCCGCAUGAUGAUGUAUUUCCUGGGCGAGUACACCUUCCGGAAAGGACUCAACAGUUACCUCAACGCCUUCGCAUACAGCAACGCAGAACAGGACGAUCUUUGGGAACACCUGACAGCCGCUGCACACCGCGACCGAAAGCUUCCCGAGAGCUUAAGUGUGAAGACGAUCAUGGACACGUGGACGCUGCAGAAGGGCUUCCCCGUCGUCAAGGUAGCGAGGAGUUCGGAUGGUACCUCCGCCGACGUCUCUCAGGAACACUUUUUGUUAAUGAAGGAGAAAAAGUCGUGCCGGACCCAAGACUUGCGAUGGUGGGUUCCUCUCAGCUACACGUCGCAGGGCGAGGCCAACUUCGACCAGACAGAAGCUAUUGGCUGGAUGAAGGACUCCGAUCAGAGAAUUUCUAUCACGUCACUGCCCCCGAAGGACCAGUGGGUCAUCUUCAACCUGCAGCAGACGGGCUACUACAGAGUCAACUACGACGACCACAACUGGAACCUCCUCAUCCAGCAGCUGAAGGACGACCACGAGGUCAUCCACAUCGUCAACCGAGCGCAGAUCAUUGACGAUGCCAUGAAUCUUGCUAGAGCCGGUCAGUUAAGCUACACUAUAGCCUUGGAUGUCUUCGCUUACCUGGGAAAGGAAAGGGAACACCUGCCGUGGAUGUCCGGUGUGUCGAACCUCAGCUAUGUGAUACUCAUGUUCCAGCGGACACGUGCUUUUCCUGCUCUUAAGCUUCGUGGCAUCCGUAUCAUCUCUCCAAACCGUCGGUCAGAGGUGAUGUGCACGGCCAUAAAGGCAGGCGGCGAGAGGGAAUGGAACUUCGUCUGGAACGAGUACCUGAGUUCCAACGCUGAGAAUGAGAAAAUCAGCUUCCUCGAGCCUCUAGGAUGCAGUAGAAAUGUCACCAUUUUGUCGAGAUACUUGGAGAUUGGUCUCAACCCUAGCAUGGGAACAAGAAAAGACGAUUUUAAGAUAAUUUUCAAUUCCGUCGCGAAGAACAGUAUCGGACGUCAGAUAGCUUGGACCUUCUUGACAAAACGCUGGAAUGACAUCUUGCCGUUCGCGAAAAGGAAAAGAGGAAUGUUACUGCGGCAAGUAACCCUCUCUUUUAAUACACCUCGAGAUAUCAAGGAUUUGGAGCACUUCUUGCAAGACAGAAACACCGAUCUGGCAGAAGUUACAAAAACCGCGGAUCAGGUGAAGGAAAGAGCCAGGAAUAACGUCAUGUGGAUGGAGAAGAAUUUCCACGAGAUUGUUGAGUUUCUGGAAGAUCAUGGCUAUGCAUCUCCGAAGCUUUGCUAUGGAAUAUUCAAGUCAGUUGUCAUAGUUAACUUGCUCUGCGUAGUGCACAUCCAGUUUUCUUUUCAUGCCUUUCCUGGGACUGGCUCGUUUCUAACUGGUCAUUCAUUCAGAGGCAAGCCGGUGUCAGUGUUACACGAGUGUGAUCAUUUCAUCGAACAGAAAAAUAUGUUCCGCUUCUGCAUGCUCUUACUUGCACUUCCUAUGUAUCCUUCCACGUCUCCAGUACUGUUGCUACGCGUUGUAGUGAUGCGUCGUCCCCCACCCCCCUCCGCUGCAAUGCCCCCCUCAGGCCAAGGGCAAGGCUGGGUCGGGCGUUGCCGUCCGGGGAGGCGAUAUCUGAAUUUACCUGCAUGUCGCUGA